CGCCCUACUUGCAAAGAUGGCGGUGCCCGCUGUCUCGCUUGUUUGCAGAGCUGUUGCACAGAUCUUCCGUAGCACAAUGUGAAUGCGGCGAGAGGACGGUGCCACAGGAAUGAGCCGGCGAAGGAAGCUUGCGGACAGCCCUGCCCGGAGGAGCACGCCGCGCAGGGCGGCCGCGGAGAGCCUCUGCUCGGCGGUGGAGCCGGAAUCCCGGUCGUCCAGGGCGGCCCGCGACUCCCGGCUCUGCAGGGCUGCAGCGCGGCUCCAGCGGCGGGAGCAUCGCCGGGCGGAGGCCGAAGGCGGGCGGAGCCCCGGGGAAAAGUAUGUGACACCAACAAGAGUUGUGAAAAUGGAUUUGCUAUCCUGUCCCUUCAGUUCUCCAAGUGAUCCAGAUGGACAGACCGAUAUCUUCUGGGAUCAGAAUUCUCCAAUGACAAAACAGUUAGGUAAAGGAAGAAAGAAACAGAUUUCCAGUACAUGCAGUGAUGAGAUUUCACAUAUUGUUAAUCGAAUUGCUCCCCAGGUUGAAAAACCAGUAACAAACUCCAUGCUGGGUGUGUGGAUUGGUGAAACUGCUAUUCCUUGUACUCCUAGUGUAGCAAAAGAAAAGUCGAGAGUGAAAAUCAGCUGCACAAAGUUGAAAACACAAAAUCGAGAAAAAGAACUUAUAAAAUUGGCUAAACAGUUUGAUAAAAAUAUGGGAGAACUUGAUGUGAUUCAGGAACAAGAUGGGAAGGAUCCUGAUUUUAUCCAGACAACUUUAGAAGUGGGACAUUUGUAUAAUCAUAAAGAUUCUAUACAGAUGGAGUCAGGAGAUACCGUUCCUGAAGUCAGCUGUGCGCUAAUAAAGAAGCAAAUGGAAGGAAACACUGGGAUAUCUGUGUCAAAGGAUCAAGACAACAGUGAGAAACCCUUUGACCAAAAUGUUGAAGCAGACCUUAAUGCUAUUUUUGAUGGCUCCACUCAGAUGUGUAGUGGACAGCUAAGCCAAGAUCUGUCAGAUGCUUUCCUGAACCAUGGUAAAACUACCUUUGGAAAGGAAAAUGCCUUAAUAAAAGAGGAAAUCAUUACUGCUGAAACUCUGAAACUACAGGUCACUGAAAACCUGCUAAAUAAAACUCCAGUAUCACCUUCCUCUCAAGUACAUACUGCUGUAAUGAUCAAAUCAUGUGUGACUCCCUGUGCUAAGAUGGCAGAAGCAUCUAAUAAACAUCUUGAUGAGUUGACUACUCAUGAUUUUGAGGAUGACUGGGAAAGCUUACUAGGCAAUGAUCCAUUCAUUAUGGAAAAUGCUGAAAUGCUUGACCUCUUACCUUCUACAACUGCGCAAGCUUCUGGUCAGAAGGCAGUUAGUACAUUUAUUGGUAAAAAUGAUACAAUCACAUCAAGAGCAAAUACGAAUCUAGAAAGGUUAAGAGAUUCAAAAGUAACACUGGGUCUUCCUUCAGAGACUUGUAACAGAGAAUUGCUUAAUGCUGGACAAUAUAGAUUCUCACCACAUCCAGGUAACGAAGCCAGGAAGUUACCAUUCACUGGAAAUAGAGUGAGGUUUGAGAAAUCUGCCAAUAACAUUGUUAGUAAAAACGGAGAUUGUCUUUCUGUCUCUAAUCUUACAGGAGUAAAAGAAGAUGGUCGUGGAAAGUGUGCAUUUAAUGUGCAUGCCUCUGACAAGUCUGGUUUAUACACAAAAUUCCCUAAUGAACAGAAAAACAGGGUCAGUGUUAACCUGCCUUUGAAAGCACCUACUAAUACUUACCGCUUUGAUUCUGUAUCCCUGGGCAAAGAAAACAGUGUUUGUAACAUAAAUCAGACUCGUGGGCCAAAAUUCAGUUCUUCCCUUGAUGACUGGAAUGAUCCGCUGUUGGCCAGUGAAAUGAUUAAAGCAUGCCAUCAGUUAGAGACUACCUGGGAAGCAGAUGAUGUAGAUGAUGAUUUGCUGUAUCAGGCAUGUGAUGACAUUGAAAGACUAACUCAGCAAGAAAACAAGGGCAACAACAAGUCAGAAAUUAUAAAUAACACUUCCAGACAUGGAUCCAGAAAUACUUCUGCUUCAUCAAAACAAGGAAGUCAGUUGACACCAUCUAAAUACUGGAAUCUUGUUGACUUUGCAGCACCAUCAUCUUUAACAAAUAAAUCACAGAUAAAUAAAUCUGUGACGGUGAAGAAAAGAGACUCCAGUGGAGACUGUCCCAAUAUUUUGGAUGCUACCACACAUUUUUCUAUGUCCUCUAAGAAUUCGAGUAUACCGGUACAGGUGGAUAGCUCAAAAUUUGUUCUUGCAGAGAGUUCAAGUUUUAAUGUUAGUUUGGGUCCUGCGAGCACAGAUAUUGCUGCUAAUGUGAAGCCAAGUAUACAUCAGCCAUCUCACAACACCUUAACAAGUGAAGUUCAGAAUGACAACAGAGUAGUGAAGUUUUCCAAAUACUCCUUUAAGACCAAAAAUCCUCAGGUUCUUUCUCAGUUAAAUCAAAAUUGUAUAGCAGGAAGUGUGCCUGUUAGAAACCUCUUGCAGGAUUUAGGAAAAAAGGAAACUGUCAGCUCACUGCUUGAAGAUAAUCAACAGAGAUCUUCAAUGAAGUAUUCGGAGUCUUUGACAUUGUCUUCCACAGAUGAAGAAGAGAGAAAUAGGAAGUAUUCUCCUGAAGAAAUUCAAAGAAAAAGGCAGGAAGCACUGGUUCGAAGAAAGGCCAAAGCACAGGCAUGGCCUCCUGUGCAUUCCACUCCAGUUUCACUGCUUUGAUGAAAUUUGAGUUAGAUGGUUUCACAACUACUGAUAACUAUCUGUGAUAGGACUUUUGUUCUUGAUUUCUCUGUGAGAAAUUUAAUGCUGACUUAAAGCAUGAGCUUCUACUUUAUUAUUUAAUAAAUCAGUGUUUACGGUGGUAAAUGAAACUUACUCAGAUAUAUGUGAAUUAUGUAUAAGUUCUGAAAAGUUAUCACUUAUGUAUAUAUAGAGGGGAAAGGUCUUUAUUAAAUAUGACAGAUAUCAUCAAAAAUAGACAGCUGUAAAAUAUCUGUAGAAAGGCUUUCUGUAAUCAAAGAUUAAAAGUACUAAGUAAACAGCAACUUAGUUUUGAAUUAUCAUUUACAAUUACUUAAGUUUUGUUAUACAUUGCCAUGUUUUAAUUAAUAUCCCCAUAUUCUUAGUGGCCUUGCUGAAAAGUAAAGAACUUCUUGUUUAUUUUAAAGAAAAUUGUUUUUAAUUGCUAGCCAGAAGUAGGUUUAAGUUUUAAGUUUUCUAACAUGUGAUUCAAUUUGAAAACAUUUUACUAUUAGGAAAACCACAGAGUUGCAAUAAGUCUAGUUUAUUGGAAAAAGAUUAAAUUACAUAAGUAAUAAAGCAUCAUACACAUUUAGAAUUUUUGUAAGCACAUAUCCUCUGAUCCAGAUUCAGGCUAUUCAAGCUCUUCUUUUUGUGUGAGUAUUUGUGUUUGAAUCAGGGUCUUGCUAUGCGGUCCAGACUAGCCUUGAACUCUGUUACCCAGAUGGCCCCAAACUGACUCCUGCGUCAGUCUCCUCAGUGCUCUAAAUACACAUGUAUGUCACCAUGCCCAACUCAUGGUGUUAAUUUUAAAGUCACAGACAUGUUAAACCUGUGCCUAUGUUAGAAUGAUUUUCCUGAACAUCUAAAUAGUUGCAUGACUUGCUUCAGUCUAUUAGUACUUAAUAAUUUGAGGGACUAUUAACACUUAAAUGUAAUCUAAAGCACAUUAAAGACUGCUUAUUAAUGUUGCUUAUAUACAUUCUUUUAAAGAGUUAACUAAUCUUUCCAGGAUUCAAAAUUAGACUUUCUACGCUCAGUUUGUUUAUUAUUGUAAUUUUCCUUCUAAUUAAUUAUUUAACUUGACUUUUUUUGCCUUUGUCAUCCCUGCCCCCUCUUUGUGUUUUCAAAAUGAGCCAGUAAUAAAAGCCUUAACCAGAGGGGAGGCAUAUGGCAGUAAAGAUGCUUAUAUUUUCUAAGUGGCUUUUAAGAGACAUGAAGAAAAUUACCGAUAGGAAGCACUGAAUCUUGGUGUUCACUACUGUUGAGGUGUCCGAGAGCUGUGACAAUCUGAGAGCUAUUAUGUAUCAUUUUUCAAAUGUUAUUUUUAUACACUAAAGCUGAUUUCAGUUGUUCUCUCAUAUCAAGAAGUGUAUUAUAAAGACCUAAAUAAAUGCUGCACAUUAUUAUGUGAGAAAGUGAA